AUAUUUAAAGGUGCUGAUGUUGAAGCUAAAGGUGGUUAUAAUGAUGAAACUCCUCUAUUUUCAGCUGGUAGUAAGAAGGCAUUCGAGCUUUUAAUUGCAAAAGGUGCUGAUAUAAAUGCUAAAAGUAGUGAGGGUUAUACUCCUUUACAUAGCGCUGUUAUGAAUGUGAAAGAUGAGGUUGUUGAGCUUCUAAUAAAAAAAGGCGCUAAAAUUGAAGCUAAAGAUUGCUUUGGAAGAACACCUCUUUUUUAUGCCAGAAAUACGAGAAUAUGUGAGAGUUUAAUUGCAAACGGAGCAGAUGUUAAAGUUAUUAGUAACGGAGGUUAUACGCCAUUGGACUGGGCUGUUAUAAAUAAGAGGCACGAAAUUGCCAAGCUUUUGGCAAAGCAAUGCUCUCAUAUGAGACUUCAGAAUAGUUAG